AUCUUGCAACGCCUCAACGAUGAAGGUGUGGAUCUUAUAUGGGCAGCGGACAAAGGACGUAUCACAUUCACAGCUGUUCUCAACAGUUCAGGAGAACUAUCACCGUUUAUUGGAGCCGUCGUUAAAGCCUUUGGUUCAAAAGGAAUUCACAUGAGUCACAUGGAAACGAGGAAGGAGAAGUCUGGACAAGGAUGGGAUCUACUGGCCGAUUGUGAUGCCACCAAAGAAGAGCUGAUCGCCGCUGCUGCAGAUCUCGUUCAGAAUUUCGAUCACCUUACUGGUAUCGCCCUCUUAUCGUAA